CUGUUACCCGAUCCGAUACUCAGCUCGGCAUCGUCACAGUCGAUCGUGGGAUCGACACGCCUCCCCACCCACCCCCACCCCCCCUCGCCCUGCACCCCCCUCCCCUCCCCACCCCACCCCGCUCCACCCCUACCUUCCCUCGGUUUCAUCGCCGAGGCUGGAAGCAGCGCGGUGCGACAGAGCGCACGGCACGAGCCUAGCCAGACAGACAGGGGCCCAGCUGAAAUGUCGGAAAGCGGGAGCCAGGACGCCACCGGGGCCGCCGCCGGGGCCUCGAACGGCGGCGACAGCCCGACCAAGCGGGCCCGCAGACCGUCCGUCGGAAACAAAGUGACCGUGGUGCUCGGGGCUCAGUGGGGUGACGAGGGGAAAGGGAAAGUUGUAGAUCUGUUGGCACAGGACGCGGACAUGGUGUGCAGAUGUCAGGGCGGCAACAACGCAGGGCACACGGUGGUGGUGGACUCGGUGGAGUACGACUUCCACCUCCUACCCAGCGGCAUCAUCAACCCCAAGGUCACUGCCUUCAUCGGAAAUGGUGUCGUGAUCCAUCUUCCAGGCCUUUUUGAAGAGGCUGAAAAAAACGAGCGCAAAGGAAAUGGCCUGAAAGACUGGGAGAAAAGGCUGGUCAUCUCAGACAGAGCACACAUUGUGUUUGACUUCCACCAAGCGGUUGAUGGCGUUCAGGAACAGCAGAGGCAAGAGCAAGCAGGCAAGAACCUUGGAACCACAAAGAAGGGGAUCGGUCCGGUCUACUCCGCCAAAGCAGCCCGGAGCGGUCUCAGGAUAUGCGACUUGCUGGCAGACUUCACCCAGUUCUCUGAAAGGUAUAAAGUGUUGGCUCGGCAGUACAAGUCCAUGUACCCAACACUGGAGAUCGACAUAGAGGGAGAGCUGCUGAAAUUAAAGGACUAUGUGGAGCGGAUCAAGCCCAUGGUCAGGGACGGGGUGCACUACAUGUACGAGGCCCUUCACGGCCCCCCCAAGAAAAUCCUGGUGGAGGGUGCCAACGCCGCACUGCUGGACAUAGACUUCGGGACGUAUCCGUUCGUGACGUCGUCCAACUGCACGGUGGGCGGGGUGUGCACGGGCCUCGGCAUGCCCCCUCAGAACGUGGGCGAGGUCUACGGGGUGGUUAAGGCUUACACCACCAGAGUGGGCAUCGGCGCCUUCCCCUCGGAGCAGAGCAACGAGAUCGGAGAGCUGCUCCAGACUCGAGGGAAGGAGGUGGGUGUGACCACAGGCAGGAAACGGCGAUGCGGUUGGCUGGAUCUGGUGCUCAUCAAAUAUGCACACAUGAUCAAUGGCUUCACCGCUUUAGCCCUCACAAAACUCGACAUACUUGACGUGUUCCCAGAGAUCAAAGUGGGUGUAGCAUACAAAGUGGACAACCAGACUAUACCUCACUUUCCAGCCAAUCAGGAGCUGUUGCAGCGCAUCGAGGUGGACUAUGAGACGCUGCCCGGCUGGAACAGUGACACCUCGGCAGCCAGGAGCUUCGAGGAACUGCCUGAGAACGCUCAGAAAUACGUUCACUUCAUUGAGGAGCAUGUAGGGGUGCCUGUUAAAUGGAUCGGAGUGGGAAAAUCUCGGGAGUCCAUGAUCCAGCUGUUUUAGAGGAAGAGGGACGAGAGACGCGGGCGAGAGCGACACACAACAGCGAAUCAACCGUACCCUUCAUCUCAAGCAGCCCCCCCCCCCUACACACACACACACACACUCA